AUGUGUUUGAAACAUUUUGGAAACAACAAGAACUGCUCUAAAAAAGAAGAUCUCAAGAUGGAUUUAGUGCUUGAAGAUUUUAAAUUCGUUCUGAAAUCUCAAAAAUCGAUUUUACAAGAAAAUCUUCAAGCAGCCCGUAUUGUACCUGUUGAUCCAGUUCUUCAUUUUGCAAUUAAUUCGGAAAUGGACCAAGUUUUUGAAACAUUGCAUUGGAAAAAUUCGAACAAAUUUUAUUUUGGAUACAUUCCGAGUCCGACGUACACAGUUGUGGAUAGUUUAUGUGAUUUUUCACCAUUUGAGUUGCAUUUUGAGUCAGUUUCAGCAGACAAUUUGAAUUCUUUGAAACAAUUUUUGCUCAAUUCUCCAAAGAUCAAAUUUUUUCACCUAACAGUGAGACAUUUUGAAGGAACUGAACAUUUCUCAAGUUUAUGGGGAGCUCCAUAUGAAUUCGAAAAUUCCCACAACUGGUUUUUCCGAAUAAAAAACUCGAAAAUUCUGAAAAUUUCAUGUCGGCAUGGUGUGGUGUUUUCGAUCUGGUUCACAUAUAUUGAAGUCGGAACCGUUCCUCAAGGAGCAUUAAUUCGGGGCUGA